GCAUGAUAUGGAAUUCUACUACAACUAUAUAACACUCAACUUGUUUUCCUUUGUCAUAAACUUAUGUUUACAUUAAGACUAAACAGAAUUUGAGUGAAACCCAAAAUCUCCGAGAGAAGAAAAAAUGAUUUCCAAAUUAGUAGUAAUUAGGUUGGUAAUAGUAAUAAUGGGAUUAUUGGGGAUGAAAGUGGAAGUAGGAGAAGGAAGAGCUCCAGUGCUACAUGAGGUUGGGGGGAAUAGGUUUGGUUGGAGGCUUGACGUCAAUUUUUCGGAGUGGGCUGCUCAUCAACGUUUUUAUGUCGGGGAUUGGCUUUAUUUUGGAUUUGACAAGCAAUUAAUAAGUGUCCUAGAGGUGAACCAAACAGGGUACAAAAAUUGCAUAGAGAGCAACUAUUUAACCAAUAUAACAAGGGGAGGUAGAGAUGUUUUCAAUCUAACGGUUGCUAAGCCUUACUACUUCAUCAGCGGUCGAGGUUACUGCAAUCGUGGGAUCAAGCUUGCUAUUACAGUACAUGAUGCUCCACCAGAUUCUAGCCCACCUUCUUCUUCUGAAUCAAUCUCAAAAAAAUCUCCUACUUCUAUCAUAAUUUCUUAUGCUACUACCACUUUAUUUCAACCGUCUGAUCAUUUUCUUAUCAUCAUGAUCAUCACUAUGAUUAUAUCUCUUGUUUGGCUAUUUUAACCUAUAGUUGCAUGCAUUUGAUCAUUUAAUGUUAUGUAGUAGCUAGGUUCUUGGAAAUUGCUUGUUCGACAUAUGUAAGGCGGCAUUUAGCAAAACUCAUAAAUAUCUGAUUAUUUAGCAAAACCAAUUAUUAUGUUAUUUGAUCAUUGAUGAUUUUAUUAUGUAGUAGGGUCUUGGAAAUUGCUUGUUCAAUGUACUUGGUUAGUAUGAUUAAUAUGGGAAUAUGAUAUUUGUGGUUGUAGUUGUUUCAUUGUAUUAGUGGUGGUACAACAACUUUUCAUAUGAAGUGACAAGAAUAUUGAUUCAUCAAAUCUUGUACGGUAAACAUGCAUGCUUGUUUUACUUUGUUUUUCUGCCAAUUUUCCACGCACAUUCCUAUCUGAAAUAUGGAGAUUGUUAUUCAUCGUCCUCACUUAAGUUAGGUGCAUUGUCAAGUCAUGUAAACUGUCAAGUAUAGGAUUACGCCUAGAGAAAAUAAGGUGAUGUGUAUUAGUUACCUUCUUUAUUUCAAAA